CUGGUACGUCGGUGGUGCGUGCUGCAGUCGGAUCCGAGCCGAUGCAGCAACGAGCAUGGUGACGGCAGAGACGCUGUUGGCGCACACAAGUCUUGUCUGGCAGGCCCUGAAAAAAGGAAGAAGGGAAAAAUAACCCUGCCUCGGCCUUUGUUUUGGACUAGUCCACCAAGACGCUGUCAACGUUGGAAAGAAAGCAGACAAGACACUCGUCUACUCAACUCGCCUAGCCUUUUUUUGCCCAUCGACGCUCACCUCGCCCACACGCCUAAUCUUGUUGAUGCUCCUACCUAUUCUGUCCUUGUUCUCUCCUCACUCCUUGCCCACUCGACGCCCUCAAAGCUGUGCCUGCCACCUGCCCCAGAGACCAGCCCGGGCUUGUCAGUUGUGCCUUCCCUAUCGCCCUUCUUGGUUUGCGUGCUCCAUCAUUGAUCUCCGCUGCCGCCCCUGCACCCACCCAGCACUGAUUUGGCACAUUUGGCACCCAAUUCCAGCGGGCACCCACUGCCUGCAGCACUGCCUGCGUUGCUCACCCGCUCGUCGCCUGAGGCACCAGGCCUGACGCCGGUCAAUUGUCAGGUCGCUUGGUGGUUGACUGAGCACAGCCGACGGCCAAAUCAAAAUUCUGGCCUGGUCAGUGCUGCGUCCCCAGUUCUGCGUCCCCAGUUCUGCUGUGCUGGACGCUGUGCAUGCGCUACGAGGGCGGCACCUCCCCCAAAGCACCAAAGGCCUGACCCAAAGAAAGGCACCCACCCAGCGCCGUCCCAGCGCCCCAGGCCAGCCAAACAGUGGUCGUCGUCCGAAACCCUCGCGGGUGGUCGCCCUCAAUUCGACCUCCACCAGCUGCCGACCGCCUAACCAAAACCAACCUCGAGCCAACUACCUCGUCGCUCCUCCGCUCCCUCUCUCUCCACACCUCGCCCGCCAGGCUCGAGUCGCAACCUCGUUGACAAUCGAGUCACAACCGCCCAAAAUAUCGUAAUGUCGACUCCAACAACAGCGACUGCCACGCACCCCCACUAUCAUCACUACGGCGGUCAUUUUUCACAUCCUCAGCCGUACCCGGCGCCGCCUGCUUCGUACCCGAUUCUGCCUCCAGGAGCCAGGCUCGCUCCCUACCAGACCUACUCCACUCCCUCGUUGAGCGGCAGCCACGCCGGCUCAAAUGGAAUAAACCUGGCUGCCUCGUCCCCGUCGUCUGUCCAGCCGAGCCGGCAGACCGCCGACAUCCCACAACUGCUCAACCCGAUCCCGCGACAGCACCUCAGCGACGACUCCUCGACACACGCAAUGCCCGCCACCACGGCCGUCUCAAGAACACAGCUGGCCGACCUGUCGGCCGGUGCCCGCAAGCGGAGGCGCUCCAAGGGCCCCGACUGGCACACCUUCUACAAGAACGGUCUGCCCAAGGAGGUCAUCGUCAUCGACGACGACACCCCGGAGCCCGACUCGUCCCAGUCCCAGUCGCAGGCCACCGCCGCCUCAAGGGCCCUCGUCAACGGUGCUGCCGUCGCCGUCAACGGCUACGCCAACGGCCUGUCGGCUGCGAUUGAAGCCUCGAGCAGCAGCAGCACCAAUGGCCGCCCGCUGGCCAAGAAGAGAAAGCGAGACGGCGAGCCCACGCGUUACGAUGCCGUCCACAACGGAGGCGACCCAUCACACGCAAACACGCCCGCCGCCUCGUCGUACAAUCACAUUGCCAGCCCCAGCGCCUCCACCAUCUCGAGCGAUCGCAACACUUCUGCAAACCACACCACCGCUCCCACCUCUCUGGGCUCCGCCUCGUCGAUUGGUGGCCAGUACGACGAUGUGCAGGCGGGUCAGAAGAGGAAACGGACGCGACAGCAGGUGGCCGACCAGGCCAAGAGGAGGGAAAUCGCCCUCUACGGCGCCGCUGCUUUCGCAACAUACCAGCCUCCCACACGCCCCAUCAAAAAGGCCGCAGACGUCAACGUCCGGGUCGUCCACGACCCAAACUCCAAGGGUGUCAAGGUCGACGACGAUGAUGGUCACUACAUUGUCAUUCCUGACGCAGAGCUGACCAAUGACUAUCAAAUGCUCAAGCUUCUCGGCCAAGGAACCUUUGGCAAGGUGGUCCAGGCCCGGGACCGAAGGAGAAACGAGCUCGUUGCCAUCAAAAUCAUCAGGUCGGUGCAAAAGUACCGAGACGCUUCUAGAAUCGAGCUUCGCGUGCUGCAGACCCUCAAGCUUAACGACGCCGAGAAUCGAAAUCGUUGUAUCCAUCUGCGAGACACGUUCGACUACCGAGGUCACAUCUGCAUCGUCAUGGACCUGCUGGGCCAGAGCGUCUUUGACUUUCUCAAGGGAAACAGCUUCGUGCCUUUCCCAAACAGCCAAAUCCAGAGCUUUGCCCGCCAACUGCUCACAAGCGUGGCCUUCCUCCACGAUCUCAACUUGAUCCACACGGAUCUGAAGCCCGAGAACAUUCUACUCGCGGAUGCCACAUACCAGACCUUCACCUACAACCGGAAGAUUCCUUCAUCUUCCACCACGGUCAGCAGACAAGCGACCCAGCGCAAGGUGCUCCUGGACACCGAGAUCAGGUUGAUAGAUUUCGGAUCGGCCACCUUCCAAGACGAAUAUCAUUCGUCUGUGGUAUCGACCCGCCACUACCGUGCUCCGGAAAUCAUUCUGGGUCUCGGCUGGUCCUAUCCCUGCGACAUUUGGAGUAUCGGCUGCAUUCUCGUCGAGUUCUUUACCGGCGAUGCUCUUUUCCAGACGCACGACAACCUCGAGCACCUGGCCAUGAUGGAGGCUGUGUGUGAUCGCAAGAUGGACACCCAUCUCGUCCAGAAGCUCCAUCGGCCCACAAGGAAUGGGCCGACCAACCCUGCUGCUAAGUACUUCAGGAGAACCCGACUGGAUUACCCGACUCAAGAGACCACUCGUGCCUCGAGGAGAUACGUCAAGGCCAUGAAGAAACUGCCGGACAUUAUCCCCAACACCAACAACUUCACGAAGCAGUUCCUCGAUUUGCUACAGAAGAUAUUCAUCUAUGAUCCCGCCAGUCGGAUUACGGCCAAGGAAGCGCUGGGCCACGCGUGGUUCAAGGAAAUCGCCCAUCCAGACGACGGGUCCGAGGCUGCAAGGAUACGGGCCGAACGCAUGAGGAUGAACGAGUUGUCGGCCGCCCGGGCGUCUCAGCACUGAUGGCAAAUAUUUGUUAAUUCACGAUCCUACACGGCUCGGACGUGACGGGCUCGCCUACGAGCCAAUAUUGUGUGUGUAUAGGAGCUGCAUUCAUUGGGGGCGCUGUCUUUCUGCGCUGUCUUGUUCUUGUUUUUCAUUAUUUCUCGCCUUCGUUUCCUUCCGAGGGUGCUGGAUGGUGUCCCCCCCUCUCCUCGUCACACCCACGUCCGACGCAGCACGAUGAUUUACGCGGGGCACGGAGGAUUGGGGCUUGAUCACAUGCGGAGUUAUAGGAGCCUGAUUUGGGAAACCAUAUGUUCCAAGGGGAAUGCAGGGGCGACGAACGCAAAUGAACACAAACACGCCUGAUUUCAAUAGGUAGAGAUAACUGUUUCUUACCGGGACAGCUAUUUGUCGUUAUUCUCAACGGCAUGCUCAACAUAGCGAGGGAUGGUUUAUAUCACGUCUGCCACCGCGCGAGCAAAGCAGCGCGGAUAAUGUGGCCCGAUGCUACUUAACGUACCCGACAACCCGAGGCGAACGAAGCGAGAUUCUUUCACCGGCCCAACAUCAUCUGAUACUACGAGGUUCGGACGAGCAGCGAACUGUCUAUAUCACCGAGUACCUUUACUCUUCUCCUCUGUGGCACACUACUCUUGGAAACUGGCUCUUGACAGUGUCGAACGAAGGGGCUUCGCAGAGAUGGAGGCCAGAGGCUUUGCAUCCUUUGUUGGAAACAAUAUUCCCCACGACGGUCCAGACACAGCCUUCGUGAUGGGCUCCUCUCGAUGCUACGGGCGUGACAAAAAGAAUGCGACUUGGAACAAUGGAGCUCUUUUGCGGAAAGGCAUCGAUGGUGCCUACUGUCGUCUUUGUCCUGGGCAUAACGCCAGGUAGAUAAGAUGGGGAAGUUCGCGGCGGCUAUACCGCCGGUUUUGCCGGGGAGAAAAAGCUGCUCAACAUAAACGCACAGGCAGGCACAUCUAUCGCCAUCCCCCCCCCCCCCCCCCCCGAA